UUUUGCCUCAAACAGGUAACAGAUAACGUUCCCUUUUCCAUUACCAGGUACUUGAUUGUGCUUCUGAUAGAUCAUGCAAGCUGAACCUGCAAAACAAGCUGCUGCAGAUUCAGAUUCCAAAUACGACGAAGACAUCUUCGAUCCUUCUCUUAAUUUAGAAGAAACCCAUGUGAAAGAGGGUUAUAAAGAUGGUUUCCAUGACGGUUUGGUCCUAGGCCAGCAAGAAGGGAGAGAGGUUGGUCUCAAAGUUGGCUUCGAGGUCGGUGAGGAGAUCGGGUUUUAUUGUGGUUGCGUCGAUGUCUGGAACUCUGCAAUUCAAGCCAAAUCCAGCUGCUUUACGCCUCAUGUUCAGAAGAAUGUCAAGCAAAUGGAGGAAUUGAUUAAACGAUAUCCAAUUCUGGAUCCGGAGAACGAGAGUGUUCAGGAUAUUAUGGAUUCUCUAAGGGCCAAGUUUAAGGCUGUUUCGGCCUCCUUGUCUAUUUCGUCCUCGUCGUCGAUGAAAUUGGAGUACGAUGGACUGUUGAAAUCGUCUGGUGCUAAUGAUUUGGAGUUUUGAUGUGGAUGACUUUUUUAUGCUUGUGGAGUGAGAAGGAAGAAAAAUGUUGAAGAUGAUGCUUGCUUGUUGCAAGGUCUACUAUCUGAAAGCCAAAAUAAGUCAGCACUAGAGUCAAUUGAACGAGCUGCCAAGCUAUUCCCAGAA